AUGGCAUCUUUGCCUCCUCCACCUCCUCCAGGAUGGGGUGCAGCUCCUCCUUCGAUGACGAUGGCACCGCCGCCUCCGGGAUAUCAGCCACCAGCCGAUCCAAACGUCGCGAAGUUCGCUCAGAAGAAGCAUGAGUGGUUGCGCACGCAGCGCAAACGCUUCGGCGAGAAGCGGAAGGCUGGAUUUGUCGAGACACAGAAGGCAGACAUGCCGCCAGAGCAUCUGCGGAAGAUCGUCAAAGACAUUGGUGAUGUGUCGCAAAGAAAAUACACCAACGAGAAGCGCAGUUACCUUGGCGCCUUGAAGUUUAUGCCACACGCGGUCCUCAAGCUCCUAGAGAAUAUGCCGAUGCCUUGGGAGUCGGCUCGUGAAGUGAAGGUUCUCUAUCAUGUCAACGGAUGCUUAACAAUUGUCAAUGAAACGCCACGCGUCAUUGAGCCCGUGUUUCACGCCCAGUGGGCUACAAUGUGGAUGUGCAUGCGUCGCGAGAAAAGUGAUCGACGCCACUUCAAGCGGAUGCGCUUCCCUCCAUUCGACGACGAGGAGCCUCCACUCUCGUGGUCGGAAAACAUUGAAGACGUUGAGCCUCUAGAGCCGAUUCAAAUGGAGUUGGAUGAGGAUGAAGAUGGUGCUGUCUACGAAUGGUUUUACGAUCAUCGACCUCUCCUCGACACACCUCAUGUCAACGGACCAAGCUACAAAACUUGGAAUCUCUCCCUGUCGCAGAUGGCUACUCUCCACCGUCUGAGCCACCAGCUGCUCAGCGACGUCGUGGAUCAAAAUUACUUCCACAUGUUCGAUUUGAACAGCUUCUUCACAGCCAAAGCGUUGAACGUGGCUAUUCCCGGCGGUCCGCGUUUCGAGCCUUUGUACAAAGACAUCGACCCGAACGAUGAAGACUUCAGCGAAUUCAACGCCAUCGACCGCAUCAUUUUCCGCGCUCCUAUCCGAACCGAGUAUCGCGUGACCUUCCCCUUCCUAUACAACACUCUCCCUCGCAGCGUCAAAGUCGCUUGGUACUCCCAUCCUCAAGUGGUCUACGUCCGUACCGAAGAUCCGAACCUCCCUGCGUUCUAUUUCGACCCGGUCAUCAACCCUAUCUCCUCCCGCUCUGUCGCUCCCAAGAACAUCACAAUCAGUCAUGAGGAUGAGAUUUUCGGCAUUGGCAAUAACGAGGAUGAAUUCGAGCUUCCAGACGAGGUAGAGCCUUUCUUCGAUGAUGAAGAUUUAUACACCCCUGACACUGCUUCGGCAAUUGCUUUGUGGUGGGCUCCUCAUCCCUUCGACAAGCGAUCUGGCAAGAUGGUUCGCGCACAAGAUGUACCCUUGGUCAAACAGUGGUACUUGGAGCACUGCCCACAGGGUCAGCCUGUCAAAGUGCGCGUUUCUUACCAGAAGUUGCUGAAAACUUAUGUUUUGAAUGAAUUGCACAAAAAUAAGCCUAAGCCUCAGAGCAAACAGAAUCUUCUCAAGACCCUGAAGACAACAAAAUUCUUCCAGCAGACCACGAUUGACUGGGUUGAGGCUGGUCUGCAAGUCUGCCGACAAGGUUUCAACAUGUUGAAUCUGUUGAUCCACCGCAAGAACCUGACCUACCUGCACCUUGACUACAACUUCAAUUUGAAGCCCGUCAAGACCUUGACCACUAAAGAGCGCAAGAAGUCGCGCUUCGGCAAUGCAUUCCAUUUGAUGCGUGAAAUUCUCAGGUUGACCAAAUUGAUCGUCGAUGCUCAGGUUCAGUAUCGACUUGGUAAUAUUGAUGCCUUCCAGCUGGCUGAUGGUAUCUUGUAUGCCUUCAACCACGUGGGUCAACUUACCGGCAUGUAUCGGUACAAGUACAAGUUGAUGCAUCAAAUUCGCUCUUGCAAGGACUUGAAGCACUUGAUCUAUUAUCGCUUCAAUUCAGGACCAGUGGGCAAAGGCCCGGGCUGCGGUUUCUGGGCUCCUGCAUGGCGCGUGUGGCUGUUCUUCAUGCGCGGAAUUAUUCCUCUACUGGAGAGAUGGCUUGGAAACUUGCUUUCUCGUCAGUUCGAGGGUCGUCACAGCAAAGGUGUUGCGAAAACAGUUACCAAGCAGCGAGUCGAGUCCCACUUUGAUCUUGAACUGCGUGCAUCCGUUAUGGCUGACUUGAUGGAUAUGAUGCCCGAAGGAAUCAAGCAGAACAAGGUCAAUGUUGUGUUGCAGCAUUUGUCUGAAGCUUGGAGAUGCUGGAAGAGUAACAUACCUUGGAAGGUUCCCGGUCUUCCUGCUCCUAUCGAGAACAUUAUCCUGCGAUAUGUGAAGAGCAAGGCUGAUUGGUGGAUUUCUGUCGCCCAUUACAACCGAGAGCGAAUUCGCCGCGGUGCGACUGUUGACAAGACAGUUGCCAAGAAGAAUCUCGGACGCUUGACUCGUCUUUGGCUAAAGUCAGAGCAAGAGCGCCAGCAUAAUUACCUGAAAGACGGUCCUUAUGUAUCCUCCGAGGAGGCUGUUGCCAUCUACACCACAAUGGUUCACUGGCUCGAGUCCCGCAAGUUUUCGCCAAUUCCCUUCCCUAGUGUCUCAUAUAAGCAUGAUACCAAGAUUCUCAUCCUUGCACUUGAGCGCCUUCGCGAAUCUUACUCUGUCAAGGGUCGAUUGAAUCAAAGCCAGCGUGAGGAACUUGCCCUCAUUGAGCAAGCUUAUGACUCUCCAGGAACAACGCUUGCGAGGAUCAAGCGAUUCCUUCUCACACAGCGUGCGUUUAAGGAGGUCGGUAUUGACAUGAACGACAAUUACAACAAUAUCAACCCUGUGUACGAUAUUGAGCCAAUUGAGAAGAUCACCGAUGCGUACCUGGACCAGUACCUCUGGUAUCAGGCUGAGCAGCGCCACCUCUUCCCAGCCUGGAUCAAGCCAUCAGACUCUGAGGUUCCUCCUCUUUUGACAUACAAGUGGACGCAAGGAAUCAACAACUUGUCCAAUGUGUGGGAGACAGCAGAUGGCGAGACGAACGUGAUGAUUGAGACCGAGCUAUCAAAGGUCUACGAGAAGAUUGAUCUCACCCUUCUCAACCGCAUGCUUCGCCUCAUCAUGGAUCACAACCUUGCGGAUUACAUCACUUCGAAGAACAAUGUGCAGCUCAGUUACAAAGAUAUGAACCACACCAACAGCUAUGGCCUUAUCCGUGGCCUCCAGUUCUCUGGGUUCGUAUUCCAAUACUAUGGACUGAUGAUUGAUCUCUUGCUUCUUGGCCUUCAGCGAGCCAGCGAAAUGGCGGGACCCCCUCAGAGCCCCAACGACUUUUUGCAGUUCCGCGAUAAAGCCACCGAGACUCGUCACCCUAUCCGUCUCUACACCCGUUAUGUUGAUAAGAUUUGGGUCUUCUUCCGAUUCCAAGCAGAUGAGUCCCGCGACCUCAUCCAAAGAUUCCUCACUGAGAAUCCCGAUCCCAACUUUGAAAACGUCAUCGGAUAUAAGAAUAAGAAAUGCUGGCCGCGUGACUGUCGCAUGCGCUUGAUGCGUCACGAUGUCAAUCUUGGUCGUGCUGUUUUCUGGGAUCUCAAGAAUCGUCUUCCACGUUCGAUCACUACCAUUGAUUGGGAUGACACCUUUGCCAGCGUUUAUAGCAAGGACAACCCCAAUCUGCUCUUCUCCAUGAAUGGAUUUGAAGUGCGAAUUCUUCCUAAGAUCCGCAAUCAAAAUGAAGAGUUCUCGGUCAAGGAUAGCGUCUGGUCCCUUGUGGACAGCUCGACUAAGGAACGCACCGCCCACGCCUUCCUUCAGGUCACCGAAGAAGACAUUCAGAAAUUCAACAACCGCAUUCGCCAGAUUCUGAUGUCUUCGGGAUCGACUACCUUCACGAAGAUUGCGAACAAGUGGAACACAGCGUUAAUCGCGUUGUUCACCUACUACCGCGAGGCUGCUGUUUCGACCGUAAAUCUCCUGGACACGAUUGUGAAGUGCGAGACGAAGAUUCAGACUCGUGUGAAGAUAGGCCUCAAUUCGAAAAUGCCUUCGCGUUUCCCGCCUGCCGUCUUCUAUACGCCAAAGGAACUCGGAGGAUUGGGUAUGAUCUCUGGAUCUCACAUUCUUAUUCCCACGAGCGAUAAACGCUGGUCGAAGCAGACUGACACUGGAAUUACUCACUUCCGCGCUGGUAUGUCUCACGAUGAAGAGACAUUGAUUCCCAACAUCUUCCGGUAUAUCAUCCCCUGGGAGGCGGAGUUCAUUGAUUCCCAGCGCGUGUGGAUGGAGUAUUCGCAGAAGCGUCUGGAGGCCCAGCAGCAGAAUCGCCGCUUGACGCUUGAAGAUCUCGAGGACAGCUGGGAUCGUGGUCUACCCCGUAUAAACACCCUGUUCCAGAAAGAUCGCAGUACCCUCAGCUUCGAUAAGGGCUUCCGACUCCGGGCUGAAUUCAAGCAAUAUCAGUUGAUGAAGAGCAACCCCUUCUGGUGGACAAGUCAGCGACACGACGGCAAACUUUGGAAUUUGAACGCUUACAGAACCGACGUCAUUCAAGCCCUGGGUGGUGUGGAGACAAUUCUUGAACACACGCUUUUCAAGGCAACCGCUUUCCCGUCAUGGGAGGGUCUCUUCUGGGAGAGAGCAUGUCUUGCAAAGGGUACUCGACUUCUGCGUUUCGAUGGCUCUGAAAUUCGUGUUGAGGACGUCAAAGAAGGGGAUAAGCUGCUUGGGCCCGAUGGCCAGCCUCGCACUGCCUUCAACAUCGUGAGUGGCGAGGAUCGGUUGUACCGCAUCAAGCUUGACGCCUCGAUGGAAGACCUGGUCGUCACUCCGAAUCACAUUCUGGUGUUGCACCGCGAGACAUCUGAAGCUGCGGAAAGUGUCAAAGACUCGGCCAGCGUGAAGGCCGCUGAGCGAUACGACACUGUUGAGAUGACCGCUGAGGAGUUCGCCGCGCUUUCGCCCGAGGAACGUGGACGGUACCGAGCCUUCCGCUCUCCUGAGUUCAAGUAUCCCAAUCAAGAAAGCACAGGUCAGCCACAAGUGCAUGACUUUGUGAUCAACGACAUUAGCUUGGAGUCGCAGACGACUGAAUGGGCCGGUUUCCGAGUUGACAAGGACCAACUGUACAUGCGCCACGAUUACCUUGUCCUUCACAACUCUGGAUUUGAAGAGAGCAUGAAAUUCAAGAAAUUGACCAACGCCCAAAGGUCCGGUCUGAACCAGAUUCCUAACCGUCGGUUCACUUUGUGGUGGUCCCCUACAAUCAAUCGUGCCAACGUUUACGUCGGUUUCCAAGUCCAGCUCGAUCUCACUGGUAUCUUCUUGCACGGCAAGAUCCCCACCUUGAAGAUCUCCUUGAUUCAGAUCUUCCGUGCCCAUCUGUGGCAGAAAAUCCAUGAAUCUGUAGUCAUGGAUCUUUGUCAGGUCUUCGAUCAAGAGUUGGAGCAGCUGGGAAUUGAGGCAGUGCAAAAGGAGACUAUUCAUCCCCGUAAGUCCUACAAGAUGAACAGCUCCUGUGCCGACAUCCUUCUAUUUGCGACAAACAAGUGGAAUGUUACACGCCCGUCCUUGUGCUUCGAUACCAAGGAUGUAUACGAGCCAACCACAACAAACAAAUUCUGGCUUGAUGUGCAACUUCGAUAUGGUGACUAUGACUCCCACGAUAUUGAGCGCUACGUUCGUGCCAAAUACCUCGACUACACGACCGAUAGCAUGAGUAUCUACCCGUCUGCUACUGGAUUGAUGAUUGGCAUUGAUCUUGCGUACAAUCUGUGGUCUGCCUAUGGCCAGUACUUCCCCGGUCUAAAGACCUUGAUCCAACAAGCCAUGGCCAAGGUUAUGAAGGCAAAUCCUGCCCUGUACGUUCUUCGUGAGCGUAUCCGCAAGGGUCUGCAGCUUUACGCUUCCGAAAGCAACCAGGAAUUCCUCAACUCGCAAAAUUACUCCGAACUCUUCAGUCCCCAAAUCCAGCUAUUCAUUGAUGACACCAACGUCUACCGUGUCACAAUCCAUAAGACCUUCGAAGGCAAUCUGACGACGAAGCCUAUCAACGGUGCUAUCUUCAUUUUCAACCCGCGCACUGGUCAGCUCUUCUUGAAGAUUAUUCACACGAGUGUGUGGGCUGGGCAGAAGCGUCUCGGCCAGUUGGCCAAAUGGAAGACUGCCGAAGAAGUUGCUGCUCUGAUUCGAUCGCUGCCUGUUGAAGAGCAGCCGAAGCAGCUAAUUGUGACUCGCAAGGGUCUACUUGAUCCUCUUGAGGUUCACCUGCUCGACUUCCCCAACAUCUCCAUUCGAGCCUCGGAACUUCAACUGCCCUUCCAAGCUGCUAUGAAGGUCGAGAAGUUGGCCGAUAUGAUCCUUCGGGCCACAGAGCCCCAGAUGGUAUUGUUCAAUCUGUAUGACGAGUGGCUCAAGUCUAUCUCCCCAUACACAGCCUUCUCUCGUCUGAUCCUCAUCCUCCGUGCUCUCCAUGUCAAUAUUGAUAAAGCCAAGAUCAUUCUUCGCCCCGAUAAGACUGUGAUCACUCAGGAACACCACAUCUGGCCGUCCUUGUCUGACGAGGAUUGGAUCAAGGUCGAAGUGCAGCUUCGUGACCUGAUCUUGAACGACUAUGGAAAGAAGAACAAUGUCAACGUGCAAAGCUUGACCAGCUCUGAAGUUCGUGACAUUAUCUUGGGUAUGGAAAUCAGUGCGCCGUCUUUGCAACGUCAGCAGGCAGCCGAGAUCGAGAAGCAGCAGGAAGAAGCCAAGCAGUUGACUGCCGUUACGACCAAGACACAAAAUGUGCGUGGUGAGGACAUCAUCGUCACGACAACCUCCCAGUAUGAGCAACAGUCAUUCGCAUCGAAGACGGAAUGGCGAACUCGUGCCAUCGCCACGUCCAACUUGCGCACUCGCUCGAACAACAUCUACGUCUCGUCUGACGACAUCCGCGAAGAAGGCUACACAUACAUCAUGCCUAAGAACAUCUUGAAACGGUUCAUUACCAUUGCCGAUCUUCGUGUUCAGGUGACUGGCUACAUCUAUGGUAGUUCGCCCCCUGAUAACGACCAAGUCAAGGAAAUUCGCACCAUUGUCAUGGUCCCUCAAGUCGGCAACACAAGGGAUGUACAAUUACCCCACCAACUACCCCAACAUGACUAUCUGCAUGGCCUGGAGCCGCUGGGCGUGAUUCACACUGUUUCUGGAAAUGAGCCGCCGUACAUGUCGGCGGCUGAUGUGACGCAGCACGCUCGUCUCAUGAACUCUCAUGCUUCCUGGGAUAAGAAGACCGUGACCAUGACUGUGUCAUUUACCCCUGGCUCAGUGUCGUUGGCUGCUUGGGCCUUGACUCCAGAAGGUUACAAGUGGGGCGCUGAGAACAAGGAUAUGAGCUCCGAUCAGCCACAAGGCUUCUCCACCAGUAUGGGAGAGAAGUGCCAGCUGCUGCUUAGCGACCGCAUCCGUGGUUACUUCCUGGUGCCCGAGGACAAUCUAUGGAAUUACAGUUUCAUGGGCAGUUCGUUCGGCAGUGUUGAGAAACGGCCUAUCUAUGUUAAGAUUGACACUCCGCUCCGCUUCUAUGAUGACCAGCAUCGCCCUCUCCAUUUCCAGAACUUUGCGGAACUGGAGGACAUUUGGGUGGACCGGACGGACAAUUUUGAAUAG